UGUAGCGUGAGUACAUCCGGGCCUCUGCCCUCAGCGUCCCCGGCCCCAAGAUGGCUGCCUUUUGGCGUCUCUGGCGCUGUUGAAUGGAGAAAGCUUUAUUGUUCCCUUCGGGCAGGAGUGUUCGUGUCCUCUAUGGCGCUGUCAAUAAAGAACGGCAGUUUGAAUCGGUACUGAACAGGGCUGAUCCUCACUAGGUGGAGUCUGGAGGGAGAGAGGAAGGAGUCGAGGGCGGAUCCACACCAUGGAACUCCCCAACUAUAGCCAGCAGCUGCUGCUGCAGCUCUACGCCCUGUGCAAAGAGCAGCGGUUCUGUGAUUGCACAAUUUCCAUUGGCAACAUCUACUUCAGGGCCCACAAGCUCGUCCUGGCAGCGGCCAGCCUCCUGUUUAAAACCUUGCUGGACAGCACAGAUGCCAUCUCCAUCGACGCGUCUGUGGUGAGCCCUGAGGAGUUUGCCCUCUUGCUAGAAAUGACAUACACUGGCAAGCUCCCCAUGGGCAAACACAACUUCUCCAAGAUCAUCUCCUUAGCAGAUAGCCUGCAGAUGUUCGAUGUGGCUGUUGGUUGUAAAAAUCUUCUGACCAACCUUGUAAACUGCUCUGUCCAGGGGCAGGUGGUAAGGGAUAUCACAGUGCUGUCCUCAGAGGCAGGUGGCAAGGAAUCAGAGAAACCUCAAGUAGAAGUCAUUUCUUCUGAAGGUCCUGGGGAGCCCUCUUCUUCCCUGGAAGUUUCUACCAUGCCAGCAGGCCCUGAGAAAGCCAAGACCCAGGAGAUAAAUUCAGAUCCUCCCAUUGUUCAGGUGGCUGCAGAAAUCACAGGGGUGACUCUUCACACAGAUGGAGUUUGUUCUCUUUCCCCUGUUGGACAGAUCCCAAGUGAGGCAAAGGAAGCCAACACAGAAACAGAGUGUGAGAGGAAGCAGGAGCAGCUGAAUUUCCUGCUAGAACAUGAAAGUAUCUUCUCAAAUGCAGUCUUGCUUACCCAGGACACACUGAAAAGACUGGAAGAAUGCCCAGAGAUUAAAGGCUCUCAAAAGCAGACCAUAAUGGGAUGUCUCAAGGAUGAAGGAGGAGGCUCAGCAUUCCAGAGAAUCCUGGAUAAAGUGCACGAUGGGAGCCUAGAUGUGCAGGUGGUCUUGUCUCUGAUGAGACUGUACCAGGAGUCCACGCCUGCAGAGAAGGUGUCUCAGCAUCAGCCAGAAGGGAGCGCAGGGGAGGGAAAGACCUUGUCUGUUCUGUUACUGGAACACAAAGAGGACCUGAUCCAGUGUGUAACACAGCUCAGACCUAUUGUGGAGUUCCUGGAAACAGCCAAGGAGGAAUUCCUGCCUGUCUCUGAAAAAAGGGUGAUUCUGAACUGCUGUGAGGGCAGAACACCCAAGGAGACAAUAGAGAAUUUGUUGCACAGAAUGGCUGAAGAGAAGACCCUGCCUGCGGAGAGCCUGGUAAAACUCCUCCAGGCUGUGAGGACAGCAUUCCCAAACCUGGGCCUCCUGCUGGAGAAUUUGCAGAAAGUAGCGGAGUCACCUGGUACUGCAGCCCUCCCUAGCCCCGAGGACUACGGUGCUGAGCUGUUGAGAAAGUACCACGAAAACCUGUCCGAGGUUCUCACAGACAACCAGGUGCUGCUGAAGAUGAUCUCACAUGUGAAGAGCUUAGCCCCUGGAGACAGAGAGGUUAUGGAGACACUCGUGAAACAGGACUCUGGCUCAGGGGGCUUUAGUUCCCUGAUGUCAGCAGCUCUGGAAAGGCAGACUCUCUCUGCAACAGCCAUUUGGCAGCUGCUGCUCGUGGCUCAAGAGACCCAGACUUGCCCACUGAACCUGCUCUUGGAAGAAGUAGGAAAGGAGCCUGGCGCUGGGGCUUUCUUCCGGGCAGUGACUGCCCCAGAGAGCACUGUGUUGGAAACAGUCCUGAGGCAUAGCAGGCUGGUCACAGAGGCCAUCCAGCAGAUGAUGGAGCUCAAGCACUUCUCUUCAGAGGAUGAGCAUCUGGCUGAGAUUGUGAAAGAGAUGCUGAGCAUAUCCUCUGAGACAGUGAGUCCUGAAGAGGCCCUGGGAGCAGUGCUGAGCAAGGGCAUGGAGCAAUCUGUCUCGGCCACUGCAAUCUGUCGCCUCCUGUGUAGUGUCCACAAGUCUUUCCCUGGCCUGCAACCCCUCAUGCAGGAAUUGGCACAUGUUGGGUUUCUUACCAAGGAAAAUGGAGAGGAGAGGUUCACGGUGAGUGAUAGGUUUCACUCUGGAGCCAAGGACAAAGAGGAGAAAACAGCCAACACAGCCAGAGAAGACUGCCAGCCGAUGGAACAAAAGGAUCAGGGGAAACCUGAGUCCGUGCCAGAGCAACAGGAGAGAGACACUUCUGCCUCCCCGGACUCUGCCAAGAAGAGCUUCAUCUGCAAAGCCUGUGACAAGAGCUUCCAUUUCUACUGUCGUCUGAAGGUGCACAUGAAGCGCUGCCGGGUGGCCAAGAGCAAACAGGUGCAGUGUAAGGACAGCAGUGAGACCAAGGACUCAGAGAAGGGGCUGGAGAAGCACCAGCUGGAGACCCACGGCACGGGGGGAGAGCCUGACGCCCCCAAGAAGAAGAAGAAGCGGCUGCCUGUGGCUUGUGACCUCUGCGGAAGAGAGUUUGCUCAUGCCUCAGGCAUGCAGUACCACAAGCUGACCGAGCACUUCGAUGAGAAACCUUUCUCCUGUGAAGAAUGCGGGGCAAAGUUCGCAGCCAACUCCACCCUAAAGAACCACUUGCGCCUUCACACCGGGGACCGCCCGUUCAUGUGCAAGCACUGCCUCAUGACCUUCACACAGGCCUCAGCCCUGGCAUACCACACCAAGAAGAAGCACUCAGAAGGGAAAAUGUAUGCAUGCCAGUACUGUGAUGCUGUGUUCGCCCAAUCCAUCGAGCUGUCCCGGCAUGUGAGGACCCACACAGGGGACAAGCCGUAUGUCUGCAGGGACUGUGGAAAGGGCUUCCGGCAAGCCAAUGGCCUCUCCAUCCACCUGCACACCUUUCACAACAUAGAAGAUCCUUAUGACUGCAAGAAAUGCAAGAUGAGCUUCCCCACACUGCAAGAUCACCGGAAGCAUAUCCACGAGGUGCAUUCCAAGGAGUACCACCCCUGCACAACAUGUGGGAAGAUCUUCAGCGCCCCUUCCAUGCUGGAGCGGCACAUGGUGACCCAUGUUGGAGGGAAGCCCUUUAGCUGUGGGAUCUGCAACAAGGCCUAUCAGCAAUUGUCUGGUCUGUGGUACCACAAUCGGACCCACCACCCAGAUGUGUUUGCUGCCCAGAACCAUCGGUCACCCAAGUUCUCAUCGCUGCAGUGCAGCUCCUGUGACAAGACCUUUUCCAGCACCAUCGAACACAAGAAGCACAUCAAAGCAGAGCAUGCAGAUCUGAAGUUCCAUGAGUGUGACCAGUGCAAGGAGCUCUUCCCCACACCAGCUCUGCUGCAGGUUCACGUCAAAUGUCAGCACUCAGGGUCACAGCCAUUCCGGUGCUUGUACUGUGCGGCCACUUUCCGCUUUCCUGGAGCGCUGCAGCACCACGUCACCACAGAGCACUUCAAGCAGUCGGAGAGCACCUUCCCCUGUGAGCUCUGUGGCGAGCUCUUCACCUCCCAGGCCCAGCUUGACGGCCACUUGGAGUCUGAGCACCCAAAGGUAACGGGCACUGAGACCCAGGCAGCUGCUUCUCAGAUGGUGCAGGUAAUCCAAGCUCCCGAGCCAGUGGCCCCAGCUGAGCAGGUGAUCACUUUAGAGGAGACUCAGCUUGCUGGCUCACAGGUGUUUGUGACCUUGCCAGAUUCACAGACCUCUCAGAACAGCUCUGAGCUUGUAGCAGUAACGGUGGAGGAUUUGCUGGAUGGUACUGUCACCCUGAUCUGUGGUGAGGCCAAGUGAAUGGCUGCUCCCUCCAGUAGAGGGGAACUGUACUGUACCAGAGAGGAAGCUCAUGGCCUGCCUGCCUCUGCUCUAGCUGCUGUCCCAAGUGCUGAGCUGCUUGGCUCAGCUCCACCCUGGUGCUCUCACUUGGAAAUCAGGGGCUUCGUCGUCAUCUUCCGAGGAUCCAGUGUCUGAGACAUCCACUCUGACGCCAGGACUACCGCCUUGGUGGCAGACAGCCUCAAUCCUCCAGGCUGCAGCUCAGGCCUAGAUUCCACCUACCCCCCAGGGAAGUCUGGCUUCUGAAAUCAGAGUCCAAAGGAGUAGUGGAUGAGAGCUGGUGGCCAGGAUGGCCGAGGAGAUACAGCAUGCUUCGUACCCUCUGGAGCAGGGGGCUUACCUGAGUCUGAGCCCACAAAGGGCCUGAAGACACCACCAGUGCCUCUGCCAAUAAAGCAUCAACACAGCCUCCAGGGACCCCAGCUUGGUAACCUGCCCUUCCCCACUUCCCCCAUCCAUCCUCCCCUCUGCUCAGGUGCUCCUCAGAGUUUAGCUGUAAAGCAAGUGGCAGUGUUAACCGUACAGGAAGUCCUCUUUGUCAUUCUGGAUCCCUCCUGCUCUGCCCUUCCCGAAAGGAAGCUUUGGAGCAUUGCUGCUGGGAGGCAGCUUCGUGUGAGGGCGUCCAGCUGCGUCUGCCUUCCUGGAUGUUCUUCAUUGCACUCCUUAUGGAGAGCUUCCCUGUGAUCCUCAGGCCUUCCACAUCUUCCAAUAAUUGAGGCUGAAACAUCUCCUCAGCCUGGAGACCUCUUGCUGGCUUCCUCUGGAGCAUGUGAUGGCCUGAUGAACCAGUUCCUGGGACAGGCCUAUGCCUACAUGUGGUGGAUGAGAAGCAUCCGAGGUGGCCUCUGCUGCUGCCACUGACCCACAUGCCUGGUGGGUGGCCUGCUCUCUGGGCUUCCCCAGCUGCAUGCUUACUGCAGAUUGGUGCUCCGUUAAGUCUGAGUGUCUCAGAGCCUCUUAUCUUUAGUUCCUGAAGUACAAUCUGGUAAUUGAUGGCUUGUGGAAUCUGGUUGGAAGUGCAAUUAGAUGGAUGUUGGUUCCUGCUUAGAGAGAAGGUCUUGCAUUUAUCUUCCUUUCCUAGAAGCCCAAAGAUAGAAGUGGGCUAUCACAGCUUUUGCCCAUCCACCAGUGCUCCCUGCCACCUAGUGUGGCUUGACUCCCUACAGAGGGGAAUGCCCUGAUGUGGUCACUUACCUUUAAGCCACCUGCUGUCUGAGAUAAGCCCACACCUUCUUGCCAAGUGCAGCUCACCAUGUGCAGGGAUGAGGGUCAAGUCUGGUCAUAGUAGAGAUGCAUUGCCACAUCCCUGCACCUGGCUCACUGCAGAGGACAGGAGAUAGCUAUGUACCGGGACAACAGUUUUCAAGGGCUGCCCUUUGCCCUCAGCUCAGCACAGGCAGCUCUGCUGAGUUACCAAGCUGGAUUCUAGCUUCGGCCAGCCUAUCCCAGUCAAGCCCACCCUCCUCAUUGUAUAUGCUAGUUGCUUGAAUUUAUCAGCUGGCGAAUCUUUCCCUUUUUAAAGUAAAUGUUUCUCAAAGCCAGUCAGCCUCAGAAACCAAACACUGACCAGAAGAUGGUGCUCAAACAUCAAGGCUUCACCUCCCUGGAAGCUCAGCGUUCCCACACUGCAGGCCCGGCCUGCUGCCUUCCAGACCUGUGGCAGCCGGCCAGGGGAGCUCUUGAUAUGUAAGUGGUGUGAUAGUCCCCUGGUCCCUCCACAUCAAGUGACCCACCGAAAGUGGAACUGGCACAUGCUUCCCGGCUCUGUCUGGAUCAGCACCUCACAAGCCAUGUGGUAGAGUUAGGAAACAUUAUCAGUGUCACCACUGAUAAGUGUCUCUUCCUGACAAAAGGCAAAAUAAUACAUCGCUGAGAACAUGUGAGGAAAAGUCAGCCUGAAUACAAAGAGCUGGAAGUUAGAGACCUGAGUGUCCGAUCCUUCCCAGCCUGAGAAACCCAGUCUCGGUUUCCUGGGGACCCAGGUGGUGUUCAGGCACAUGCUCCCCUCAGUCACCAGAUGUAGUCUGCUGUACUGUAAAGAGCCGUAGGGCAGGUGGGCUUGCUGCCCAUCUUGGAUGCACAGCUCCGGAGCACACACUGCUGGGAGCAUUGCAGCACUGGAUCUCACAGGAGCACGGAGAGCCUGUCCCCAUCCUCAGUGUUGUGCUGGUGACUGGUGGCCCCCAAAGAAGCCUGGGAAAGUCUGCCGCUGCUGCCCCAGAGGCCUGACCUACUUCAGGGGCAUUGUCAGUGGGCCUCCUUAGUUCACAUUGCUUUUACAAUGGAAGUGUGGUGCCAUUUGCUUCAUCCCCAUGAAUGUUGCCUGCCUGGCCCUUGGGCUGCAGCUAGAAAGAGUCUCCAGCUUCCUUGAAGUUUGUGUAUGUGAACAGUGGGUCCCAGUCCUCCCCAGGGCUCCUGAUCCAGUCACUGAAGAGGGGAAGGUAGAUGCCAAGCUGAAAUCUGGUUGGUCUGUCACCAGUGAAUGGUGACUGAAGAGCAGAGACCACUGUGAGUAGGUGAGACUUGCUGUCCAGAUGCACAAGCAUUUGGACCAGUGCAACAGACAAAGGUCUUUCCCAACAGUUUUAUAAGGCUGGACUCUGUCUCUAAAGCUCUAUGUGGGAAAAGCUUUGAGUUCAGUCAGUACCCAAGCUUAGGCUCUAGGCCUGUGUGUUGUGCUGACCAUUCCAAGGAAGCCUCUGGCCCAUGCCGAAUGCAGGGGGAUACCUCAGCCUUGUCCAUAGGGCCUAAGUUCCAAUGGUCAGGGCUGAGGGAUGAGAUGAGGGACGGAGUGAUGCCAAAUUAGGAAAAAGGAUCUUUGUUCUCUUGGGGAUGGGAGGGUGUGCCUUUAAAUUUCAUGUGCCUGAGAACCUGCACUGACAAAAGAUGGAGACACUGACAGCCCCACUCAGAGCAGGCUAGUGCUUCCAGGGGACAGGAGGAUUCCUUUGGGAACUAGAAAGUUGACCAGUGGUGGCAGUGACACCGGUUUGCUCCAGUCAGCUCUCCCAGCCCAGCCUGGUUCUGGAGGCCCUGUGUGUCCCAGCAGACACUUGGGAGCCCGGAAGAAAAGUAAAAGACAGAGGCCGAGGGACUCAGAGGCGGGUUAAUAGUUUCGUUGCUAUAGAAACAGUGCGGCACUGAGGACUUAUGCUAAAAACUCAGAAAGAAACUCAAACUUAUUCCAGUCUGACUGGCCUGUGAAAGAGAGGAGAGUGGAAGGUACAUUCUUUGGGGACUGUUGUUGAGGAAAUCGUUCUUUGGGCUAAUUUACGUGUCCUCCAAAUUGUGAAAAUGGUCAUGAUUUCCCUGAGCAAGGCCAGUGAUGUUUGUUUCCACCCAUGACCAGGACAACCAGCCCCAUGAGACGUUGUGUAAACUGGAUUGCAAACUAGACCUCUGCUCAAUAGGCACUGUAGAUAGAAAUAAAGUAUGUACUUUGGAAGCAAAAUACAUUGUAGUACAUGUAUUUCAGGAGACCGGUGUUGUGGACCCUUUUUCUUUUUGGUUCUGGGCAAAGGGCAUGGCAUUCUCAGACCAUUGUGUACCUUCAGGCCACACUUGUGGCCUGGGGGAUAACUCCGAUCAGGCAGGGUUUCAUUCUGAGUCCUCUUUCCAAGGGAGCAGUGCGGGCCCCAUUUCAGAGCAUGGGAUCUGGUGUCCACCUGAGUUGUCCUGCAGUAUCCUACCUGCAGGGCCCCGGGGGACACCUGCUCAGCUCCUUCCUGGGCUUCCAGCAGUAAGAAGGGGGAUGGUGGCUACUCUUAAGGCUGGGGGACAAGUUAAAGUAUUUACUGAGUUUAGUGCAGAAGGUUUACACAGAGGCCAGCCUCCUGUGUUCUGAUAGGAGGAGGAUCUUUUCUUUCCCCCUCUUCUUGUCUCCCCAUCCCUGAAUCCCUUGAGACCCCUUAUGACAUCCACUGCUUUCAUUUAUGUAUUGAAUCUCAGUGGCCCCUAAAGCACCAAGUGUGCAGCAGAUAACUACAAUGAGCAGAGCUGAAGAUGUCACAUUGCUGUCAGCUGACAGAGGACAAGAGGUGGUGCUAGAGGGACUAGAGUUGAGGGAGGCCUGCUGCACCUCUGAACUGAGCUGGGCCACAAGGCUAGGAAGACAAGACUAGGGAGGCUCUGCACUCACUUCUGGCCAGGUCUCGUCUAGGGCAGUAGUCCUGAGAGUCUGCACUGCUGUGAGAUCUAACUGAAGCAUGUCCUUGGGCCCUGGAUCGUUUGAACAGAGGUAGGAAAUGGGCUGAGGGGUCCCUGGUGAGCCAGUAGUCUUCUGCCUGGAUGAGGGUGGCUGGCUGAGAGGCAGCACAACACAGGGGAGAAAUGGAAAUGGGAGCCCCCCCCCCCAUCCCCUCACUAAGAAGAUGACCUUGGACAAGCCUUUCCUAAGAGUGAUGGGGAACAGUUAUUAACAUUUUUAAGUGCCUGAGUGCAGAGCUUCCCGAAUGGUUGUCGCUGUUUAUGAUAGGUUUCAGGGGAAUGAGUGAGGGCCAAGGCCUGGAGAGGAGCAGAGCCCUGUGUAACCCAAGGGAGGCUAAGAACAGGGCCACUAGGCUGCACUGCAGUAAGCUUCCCUAGGACAAAUGGGCUCCUGGAGUCCUCUGCAGCACAGCCAAAGGGUCACACCAGAGUAAAAGCACCAGACCAAGUCUGGUGAGCAUGGCUAAGCUCCCAGCUGCUCUGCUGCAUCUUCAGCAUUGUCUCUCUGUGAGCCUGUGAUCAUGGAUGUCCUUGCGUGGAAAAAAGAAAAGCAGCCUAGUGUGAUGACAUGAGCCUUAUAAUCCCAGCCUUCCUAGGAAGAAACAGGCGGAUUGUCAGCUAGAAGCCUGCCUGGACCACAGAGCAAGCUGGAGAUCAGCAUUGGCUACUUAUCUUACCUCAAACAAACAAAUAAAUAAAUAAAUUCCAGCCAAGGUAGCAUACUCCUUAGCCCCAGCACUCAGGAGUAUCUCUGAGUUCUGAGUUUGAAACCAGCCAG